AUGGCUUUUCAACUGGAUGAUCUUCUUCGAGACGACAAAAGAGAUGGAAAUUUGAUUCCGGACUUAAGCAAAGCAACGUGUAAUUCACAAGAAGAGUUUCGGCGUCUUCGCGAGCGUUGUCCUGAGUAUAAAAUCAAACCCGAAAAGGUAAAGCGCGAAGAUAUCAAAGUACGCGACAAAGAUUUUUCAUGGAGAACAACCAAAAAGGAAUUAAAGUCGAUGGAACGAGAAUGGGGGUAUGGUGAUCCAAUUCCUCCGGAUAUGAGGAGUCUGAAUCUUCACGAACUUCAACAAGUUGCUAUCGACUGGAGAAUGUUGACACCAUUGAGGCCAAAGUUGAGACAAGAUGAAGAAAUGUUUUCACGAUUGGUGGAAAUGGGUAAAAUGGAAAUUAAAACGCUGUCAAAAGAACGACGUAGAAUGUCAAUAAGUCCUAUAAGACGCACAAAAACUCGUGUUGGUAUAAUCGAAAGUAGUGUAAAAAUUUGUGGUGAAUGCGGAGAAGAAUUUUGUUUUGGCGAAUCUUGCGGAGAUAUUUUAUAUGAUUCAUUUAUACGAGUUACUGUUGCAGCAGUACAAACUAAAGCUAAAGUAUCCGAAGAUACUGCAGCUAUUAUUGCGAAUAUGAGCAAUGGUAAAGGUAAAAAUAAAAAGAAAAAAAGUGCUAGAGGUAAACUCGCUGUACAAGUUAAGAGAACUACUAAAUUAGCUGGAAGAAGAAAAAUAAAAAAAAAUAAAACGAGUGAAACGAAAGCAGGUACUAAUUUAAAAAGCCAAGAUAAAAAUGAUGUUAAAAUUAAGAAAUUUAAAAGAAAAUGUAGUAAAUUUAACAAAAAAGGUGGAUUGUCACCAAAAUAA